AAUCCAGGCAACAACUACACAGUAAAAGAUUCAACCAACUGUAAUAAAACAGUCAAGUUCUUAGUUGACCAGUUCCCAGAAUUUAAAGACUGCACCUGCACUAACGAUAACUGCAGCACUACAGCGUUGCUUGGCAAGCAGUGUUUUGGGAAUAAAGGGAAAUCGAAGCUUUACGCAAGCACAGAUGUCCAGUUAGGAUUCCUGCCACAGACAAAAUUGCAAGAGACGGUGCACCCAGGCAUGUUAGGAACCGACUGCGCGGUUGCAAAGGAAAUAUGUCGAGGAGAUGACACCUGUUUCUUGCAGUACAAGAAAUUCCAGAGAAUGUGCAGAACCAAAGUAGCAAACUGUAGCCUCCGUGUGGUGGAAUACCAAGCCUCUGCCAUUCAGGAGGAAACCUAUGCAGGCUUUGAUGCAGAUCACCUGAAAAUAAAAUCACAGUGGAAGUCAUCGUCUCUUUCAAACUAUGAAUACAAACACCUGCGCUCCUGCUUCCAAGUCAAAGUGGACUGUGUCAAUGACGGAGUCUGUAACAGACAACUAUCUCGCUACCUUCAAGCCUGCCAAGCUAAUGCAACACAGUGCAAUUGGAAUCGAUGCCAAGUGGCUCUGCGGUCCUUCUAUGAAAACAUGCCUUUGAACGUAGCCCUGGUGUUGACCUUCUGUGAUUGCAUGCCAUCAGAUGAAAACUGCCACCACGCCAAGGGAUUCCUUCAUGGCACAGUGUGUGGAGUCAAUAUGGUCCCAGCUCCUUCAUGCCUCAGUGUAAUUGACACAUGCCAAAGAAACGAGAUCUGCUGGGCCAAGUAUGAAGUAUUUACAUCUAAGUGUUUAAAACCCUUCGCCCGACAAUGCCUUGAAGAUAAAGCUUGUUUCGAAUCUUUGAAUGCAAAUGAUCUGAUGUGUUCUGACAGUGAUGAGUGCCGAGCUGCUUAUGUCGGAAUGUGGGGGUCUGUCCUUCGAGGAGUCGAGUGUACCUGUGACACAACGCCACUAGCUAAGCAGACUGCAUGCAAGUGGUUCCAUCAUAUCCUCCACAGCAAAUCCUGCUUCACUCAGAUAUCAGGUGGAAAAGCUGAUCUUUACUCAUCACGUAUGGUUCUACCUGGAAAAAUACUUCCUGUAACUGGAGAACGGUCUUCAUUGUACACGGACACAAUCAUUAUAAUGAUAUACACCUCUUGCAUAAUCUUGGUGCUGGCGAUAAUCCUGCUGACUUUGUUAAAGACCAGAGCUUGCACAACUGUGUAUCGGGCCAAGACUGUUUCGCCAGCCCAUUUAUCCGAGAAGCUCAUGAUGCCUCGACGACCGUGGAUCACUGACUGCGUCGAUAAUGCUAUUUCAGGCUCUUCUCAUUAGCCAACCUGGUGCUCAUAUGCCAUGAAACUUCUCUUCAGAGAACACAUGGCCUGUAAUACUGCUGUUCCACUUCAGCAAAUACUGGGCAACUUACUACAAGAGAGGACACCACUGGAGUUGUAAUUGCUUUAUUUGCCUCAGUACUGUGUUGUUGUGUUGAAUUUAAGAUUGAGACAUAUGAUAUACUACAGGAUGACACGUUCGGCCAUGACAUGUUUCCAGCCCAGCAUUUGCCAUACCGCUGUGUUGAAAAUUUCCUCUCCAUUUUUUCAACCAUUCUCGAGCAGUCAGUGAGGAAAGAAAUUGCAUUUGAAAAUUAUCACAGGGAAGAGACAAUGUCAGUGAAAUUCUCAUGGACAGGGUACAACAUUAGGGUGUACUUCUAUUGCUUUUGAGAUGGCCAAGGCAUAUUGAAAGUGCCCUUUCAUUCCUUUCACAAACCCCAGUUCCAGGCCCUAGUUUAUUAAUAUCUAUGAGGGUUUUUACCUCUUUACUGUGACAAAGUCUAUUGUCCAUUAAUACACAAAAAAGUAUUUUGCCAGAUUGCAUCUCUUAUUUGCUCAUAUUUGCAGCUCUAAGCUGAGAGAGUGGGUGACAUUUUAGUCCAAUGCACAGAAAAACAAGUUGCGAAACUUACCAAACGCCAAAAACAUACAAAUAUCUACAUUUGAGGCCCAGCCCAAAUGUACAUUAGCCCUGCAUGUAUAUCACAUUGCAGUUGGAAUGCAAAUGCUAAAACCUAAAUCCCAGGACUUGUGUUACACUUCUGGCACAGGGGCUGCUGCAACCCUGCUCCUUACUGCACCACAAGGAAAUUUGAGAGGCACAGCAGCAACACCCCCCUGGUAAUGCAAUUUCCUAAGGUUUUAUGCUGAGAUGCAAAUAAACCAUGGCAUGAGGGUCCUUUUGGGUGGCCCAAGUCACCUUCUCACAUCAUACUAGUGGCAUGGAAAGGAGUGGUACCACUGUGGUCUUCAUAUGGCUGGGCUAAUUUUACUGACCCUUUGCAGUUCUUCGUUUGAUAUGCUAUUUCGUAAAAGCACUACAAAUCUGCUCUGUCUGCUGCUGGGAUUGUAAUGAGGCCUUUUCAACCAGCAAACCUUUCUAAGCAUUAGGACCCUUUCAAGUAUUACGCUUUAACACUGGUGUGCAGAAUCUCUUUUAGCAAAUCUGCACCAGGAUGCCUUUCGGAUACAGAAUAUAUGCUAUCUCUGAUCUGGGGGCUUUCUCCCCUAAUUCCCUCCUUCCACCACCUCUCCCGCUGUGUACUGUCUGUUUGAUAAUUGGUUUGGCCAAACACCUCCUGACUGUGCUUUAUAUCUAUUCUACUAAAAGGGGAAAGGAUCCUUAAUCUGAGAUACAGGUUUACUUUGGGAAAUAGCUGAAGCAGCAAAAUACACUUCUUGUAGAGUUAUUGAGUUUUCAUUGGUGUAGGUUUUUUUUAUUGCUAUUAAAAAUAAA